AUGGGGAAGCUGAGCAAAGAUAGGAGAGACAUUUACUACCGGAAGGCCAAGGAAAAUGGGUACCGAGCGAGGAGCUCCUUCAAGCUAAUCCAGAUAAACGAAAAGUUCGGAAUUUUCAAAUUAUUUGACCCAGAAAAGUAUGAAAAAAAGGACAAGGAUAAAAUAGGGGACAUAUAUAAUGAAAACUUCUGCUACAAUAUAGUGGACUUAUGCGCAGCCCCUGGCAGCUGGUCACAGGUGCUGAAGAAUAUCUGCCUGUACAACUACUACCAAAUGCUCCACUGGGUAAAUACAAACGAGGGAACUUCACCCAAUUGCGAUGAACACGAAAGGUUUUUAAACGAUUUUUCUCUCUACAUCAAUUUUAACGAUGAGCUAGAGAAGAGGAUAGAAAACCUGCACAAAAAGAAAUUUGUGAAAAAGCCAAAAAUUAUAGCUGUAGAUUUACAAGAAAUAGGAAAUAUGAAAUAUGUGCAAAUUAUACAAGGUGAUAUAACCAAAGCGUCCACUGUGGAUCAGAUUUUAAGAUGCAUGAAGGAGGGGGAGGUAGGAAACGACAUGGGUGAUGAUACCCGUGGGGAUGUUACCUAUGGGGAUGACACCUUCCAGGGGAGUACCCAACCUAAGAGGAAUACUCAGCUAGGUGGACAAAACUCAGAAAGGAAUAAUUUCCCCACAUAUGCACACGCUGUUGUGAGCGACGGAGCACCUGACAUCACCGGCAUGAAUGACAUAGACGAAUUUAUUCAGUCACAACUCAUUUUAUCGAGUUUGAAAGUAUGCUGCUCUGUUUUAAAAAUCGGAGGAAAUUUUAUAAGUAAAAUAUUUCGAGGGGAACACACUGGUCUGCUCAUUUUACAUUUGAAUAAAUUUUUCGAGAGGGUCUACGUGUGUAAACCUCAAAGUAGUCGAAAUAAAAGUUUGGAAUCCUUUCUCGUUUGUUUGAACUUCUCUUUACCGCGAUCCAACAUUACAGCUAUGAGUCAUCAUACAGAGGAAAAAAAGGUUAAUCGUCAGAGUAUGCACGAAGAAGAACUUCGAAAAAUGCAUGCAAAGUUAAUUACGGAGAAGGAUAAUGAGGGAGAAAUUUGCAGAAAGGGAAAAUCUCUCGGGAGGGACGAAAAAAGGGAUGAUACGAUAAUAAAUGGGCAGGAAUUCUGCGCUGAGGGGGAAGACCCCGCUGAUACGAGUGAAGAUGAUAAUAAUGUUGAAUCGGAGGGACACAAAGAAGGUGAUGGAAAAGGUGAAAACGAGUUUGCACACAUAAAUGAAUGUACCAGUGACGAUGCUGAAGCGGGGAAUGUAUUAAAGGGAGACAAACGGAUGGACUGCGACCCAGAACGGGGUGAUACUCUGAUGGGGACAAAAUUUCGAAGGAAAAAUUUUACCCACAAAAAUGUGGACAUAUUCAAUUUUUACUGCUCUGAUAGUGACGAAGAGAUAAAGUAUUUCAAUUCAGACGAUGAAGAGAUUGUAAAUGAGUACAUUGCAUCGGAAGUUUUUAUGAAUGAUAAACUGUUUUCUUUUGUCGCUACGCAGAAUUAUUACGACUCGGAUAAAUCCUACUUGCUCCCGCAGAAUUACAAGAAAAGGCAAGAGGGGAAGAAGCCAUAA